AACAGACAUGACUAGUGCACAACAUAAUACAGGCGUAAACCUUUAAUGUGCAGAAGAAGGCAUGUAAAUGAAAUUUAAGGGACGUAGGCCCUAAGUGGUGCUGAGUAGGCCUAGUUGUUUUUGUUAGAUUCAUUUUUUAAUAUGCUACAUAGAAGUAUCAUCAGAAUAGCUCUUAUUUGCAUAUUUACCUGUAAAUGUGUCAGCAGUAAAGACCAUGAGCAAACAAGUGGUUCAAUACUAGACUCGGCAGACAGCAAGCCAGGGCACCUCAGGCCACUUGGUAGUCAAAAACAGAAGCACCCAGUAGAUGUAGUUAAUCAUUUUUUGUCACCAAGUGAAUUCUUCGCAAAUUAUGUUUAUGCAUCAAAACCAGUCAUUUUUAAAGGAGUUGCUAAAACAGCCAAUGCUUUCAAAUUUUGGACUGAUGCCUACCUAGCCAACUUGCCUGAGUCAUCAUCAACCAAUGUCGAUGUUGAAUUUAACAAAAAAGAGAACAGAACAGACCCAUCAACGACAAUGUCUGUAAAAGAAUUUUUUAAUAGAUACAAAAAUGAAGAUAUAUAUUUAGUCACAGAUGUACCAUCAUACCUAAGAAAAGAUGUUCCCAUUCCUAAGAGUCUUAUUUGCAAAGAUGUUCUUAAAAAAUUAGCAGCUACAGUAAUGUGGAUAAGCAAUGGGGGAACUAAAUCAGUCUUGCACAACGAUGACGUUGACAACAUUAAUUGUUUAUUUAGUGGCAAAAAAGAAAUUCUUUUUAUUGAUUUCAAGUAUAGAGAAUAUGUUAUUCUUGACCAUUUUGAAGGUGGGUAUUCAAGUGUGGAUGUAGAUAAAGUAGACUUUACCAAGUAUCCUGGUUUAUCUCAAGUUGAGUUUCAUUAUGCAGAGAUGACAUCUGGAGACUGCAUCUUUAUACCGUAUAAAUGGUUUCAUCAGGUGAACUCGUAUGAGAGGAAUAUAGCUGUAAAUCUGUGGUGGGAACAUGAUGGCAAGAUUUUACCAACUCCGGAAAAUUGUGGGUCAACAGUUCAAGAAAUGUCAUUGGCUGAUGUUGAUAUGAAGGACGAGGAAAAAGUUGAAACAGAUGAUGAAGAAGAACUCAUAUAUGAGCCUUUGCAAGACAUUAUGACAUCUGUGUUGGAAGGAGACCAGUUCAUCUUGCCUAGUUUAAUUUUAUUUACCAAGAUCCACCCAAGACUGAAGGACUUAACAUGGAGUGAAGAAUGUGACAGACUUGUAGAGAAGGUUUUCCUUAUAAUGGACGGUAAUAGUGAUGGUAUUCUUCAGAAGGACGACAUAGCUGAACAGAUUGAAUCUAUAGAGAAUGAAGUUGUAUUUCAUCUGUCUAUUUUACAAGAUAUUAUGCUUCUGGAGAUUGGUCAACAGAGAAGGAAGGAACUGUUGCAGUAUUCCGAAGAAGUGAAAUUAGACCGUAUGAUAAAGAAUGAGCUUUAGAAAUCCAUCAAAAAUACAACAUUCUAAUACAAUCAUUUUGAAAUAUUAUUUAAAUUUCACAUUUUUUAGCUUUUCAUGUUGUGUAUUUUCUUGUAUGUACUUUACUUUAUAUAUUUUUUUUUUGCUCCUUUAUAAGGAUUUUUAGAAAUAAGUGAAAAAUAAAUUAAAAAUUAACAUUAUUUAUAAAAAAAAAUAAUAUAUUUGUAUGAAAUUUAUUUAAAAUAUGUAUAAUAUUUGGUCUUGCAUGUUUAGUUGUUAGUUUUGUAGUAGCUUGUGCUAACAGACUUCUAAGUGCUUCAUAUUAUUACUCCAACCAUUGGAUCAGACACAUAUGGAAUAUUUUUGCUCUUCUUUACACUGCACUGAUGUUGUUUUAAUGUUUUUUAUGUGACCAUUCUAGACACUUUUAUGUGUACAUGCAGCCUAAAUUUCAAGCAAUGUUUUUACUACGUUUGACGAUAAAUUAUAUUGAAUUGAAUUAGAACACAUUCUCAGCCCGUCUGGAAGAAUUCCAUAAUGUUGCAGUUAAGUGUAUUUGUGUGAACCUUCCAUGUACCAACAUGGAAGGUUUAAACACAAAUAAUGUUAUUGCACAUUUUCAAUAUCAAAACCUUGAACUUGCUUAUACAUUCCAAAAAUGUUUAUGAUUGAACUAAACUAAAGAAAUGCUAUUCUUGACCAAAUACAGUAUGAGAAAUAGGAAUAAAGUGCAUACCCAAGUUGUCGAGGUGUUGGGCUGGGAAGGAAGGCCCUCAGUGUCAAAAUUUGACAAUGAUGAUUACAACUCAGUCCACACAGUCACUAUCAAAUUUUAUGCGACAAAAAACUGAUAUGCCCAUAUUUGGAUGUAAUUAUGACAUCAUGCCCAUAUAUGGGCAUAUCACACAAAUUUGUCACAUAAAAUUUGAUAGUGUGAACGAAACUAUAUACAUGUCAGGUUGUAAAGAUGCAAUAAAGGUUCACUUGGGUAACUUACCUGGAAUUUACUACAAAAUGUUUUUAUAAUAAGUAUUUAUGAAUAUUGUAGAUUCCAUGUUAUUAGAUAAAGUAUUUUUGCACUUAUAUGCUAAAUAUAGCGUAAUAUAUAUAUUAAAUCUGAAUACUAAAGUCAGGUUGUCUUAAGUAUGUAUUUUUUGUUGUUAAUAAAAAUUAAAUAUUUAAUAACAGAUAACAGAAUUUCCUCGCUCCGUCGGACAAUGGACCCCCAUUGUCAGAUUCCACAAGAGGUUGUCAAGACUUUCUUCUUUGACUUGAACCCCCUUCAGAAAAUUUCUGAAACCAUGACUUGUGGAACAAGUCUUUAGAUAAAGAAAACCGAUGUUCUAAAUUUUAUGUAACAAUUGUUCAUUACUUGCUGUUCCCAGUCAUCUGUCUUUUCUACGAGUUUAUCAGAUACUGUAUAGGUAGUGUACACAACAGGCUUGUAUGUGUGGGUUAUUAUUAUUAUUAUUAAAGAACCCAGUACAUCAUUUGUUGCAUGCAGUGGACAGAUUAAUAUAGUGUAGCUAUUAUUAACCAUAGCUCCGCUGUAAUAAGUCAGUUGUGCGAAAGAAAGUCUUGGGGUUUAGAUUUGCACCUAUACCAUAUUAUGUCUCUUUGAAUGGUCUAAUGGUAUGAUUCCUUUCUUAAUGCUAUUGACAAGUUCGCAGGUUCAAAUGCUGUUAGAGAAAUUUUUUUCAUACAACUGAUAAAGGUACUUUUCAUUGAGGGCUAUGCUUCAAUUAUAACAUCUUUUUUUUCCACUUAUACAUGUCAGUGUAGAACAGUUAACUUUUUUUUCAGGUGUUUUCAACAAAGUUUUGAUAUAUUUGUCAGGGUUCACAAUAAGAAUUAAAACUAGUGCAACCAUCAUGAA